AUGCUGUGGCACCGACUCUUCUCCCUGCACCCCCCCAUGAGCCUCGUUAACGCGCUUCAGAAGCGAGUCCUCGACUUCUUCUGGUCGGGCAGAGGACACCGGGUCGCGGCUGGGGUCCUGGCCCUGCCACUGGACGAGGGCGGUCACGGGCUGGUGUGCGUGCGGAGUCAGCUGGCCACCUUCCGACUGCAGGCCGCACAAAAGUUCCUGCACGCCACCACCCCUGCACCAGCCUGGAGCGUCACGGCCUCCUUCCUACUUAAACAGCUGGGGGGUCUGCAGUGCUCCAAACAACUAUUCUAUAUGGACCUGCAGGGCCUCCCACUGGGACAGCUGCCACCUUUCUACAGGAGCGUCCUGCAGACGUGGAGCUCCCUCGCCGUCAGGAGGCUGAACCAGCCGCAAUCGGCCGAGGAUCUGGUCUUCGAACCGAUCCUCAGGAACCCGCAGACAAAGCUGCCGUCCACCACCGCCACCCCCGGCAUGGAGAGGCGCCUCACCAACGCGCGGCUCACCAGGAUGGGAGAUCUGGUGGAGCCUGGAACACGGGGCCGGUGGCUCGGACCAGCAGACAUGGCCGCAAAGACAGGGCUGCAAUCGCUCCGGGUGGCUGCCCGGAUCCUGGCCGAAGCCAAGGGGGCCUUCUCAGCGGCAGCGGGGAGAACGCCCCCCAUCGGCGUUGGGGAUCACGAAGCCCCUCUCGGUCCCCCUCCACCGGAGCUCUCCGUCGUGCCACUGCGUCGCCAAUGCCGACAAGCGAAGGCGGAUCACAACCUGUGCCGGCUGGAGGACCUACCAGAGGUGGCCUUCGCAAAUGUCAAGAGGAAGGUGCUCUACUCCUACAUGGUCCGCCGCAUGUCCGGCUCGCUGUCCAGGCCGCUGUGGGUGGUGCCCAGCGGCAGCAGCGUCAAGCUGCGCUGCCUCGCCACCGGAGUGCCCACGCCCUCCGUGGCCUGGCACCACGACGGAGGGCGCCUCCACGGCGGGGAGGAGCGGCGCCUCGGGGCCUUCCGGCUGAGGAUCAAGGACUGGACGCUCGUGCUGGACAGCGUGGUGCCCUCUGACGCGGGCAACUACAGCUGUGUGGUCAGCAACCAGCACGGCUCCAUCCAGCACUCGUACCAGCUCGUCGUCAUCGAGCGUGGCCAGCCCCAGCGGCCGUCGCUGCAGGACGGCCUCCCGGCGAACGUGACGGCGGCGGAGGGGAGCGACGUGGAGCUCCGCUGCGUCGUCCUGCAGAGCGCUGGCGGCAGCAGUCAGCAGCAGCUGCACCACCACGUGCAGUGGCUCAAGCACGUGGAGGUGAAUGGCAGCCUCGAAGCACCCAAUGGCUCACCCUACGUGCACGUCCUCACGACGGUGGGCGUGGAGGUGACGGACGUGGAGACGGACGUGCUGUACCUGCGCAACGUCAGCACGGACGACUCGGGCCGCUACACCUGCCUGGCGGGCAACGCCGCGGGAUUCGCUCACCGCUCCGCAUGGCUCCUCGUCGUGCCGCAAGAGACGCCGGCUGGUAAGAUGUCGACUGCCUCGCCUGCUUUGCAGGAGGUCGUGCUGUCUGCGCUGAGCGGCGUGGAGCUGUCGGGGGUGACGGGGCCGUGCGACCGCUGGGAGUUCCCUCGGGAACGGCUGACUCUGGGUGAGCAGCUGGGUGAGGGUUGUUUUGGCCACGUGCUGCUGGCCGAGGCGCUGGGCAUGGAGCCGUCACGGCCUCACCGCAGCGUCCGCGUCGCCGUCAAGAUGCUGAAGGCGCACGCCACGGAAGCGGAGACCCACGACCUCCACGCGGAGCUGGAGACCCUCAAGAAGAUCGGACGGCACAGCCACCUGGUGAACCUGCUGGGCGCAUGCACACGGGGCGGCCCCCUGCUCGUGAUCGUUGAGUUUGCGGCCAAGGGGAAUCUGCGCGACUUCCUGCGUGCACACCGCACGCCCGGCGCAGAGUGCAGUGGUGGCGACGAGGUGAAGGGCGAAACGCUCUCCAUGCUGCAGCUGGUGGCCUUCGCCUGCCAGGUGGCACGCGGCAUGGAGUACCUCACCUCUAAGAAGUGCGUUCACCGGGACCUGGCGGCCAGGAACGUCCUCGUCGUUGACGGCGGAGUUGGUGGCGGCUAUUCGGUGAAAAUCGCUGAUCUGGGCCUCACCCGCGACGUGGGCGGCGAACGUGACUACUACUACCAGCACAAGACUGCUGCCGGACGCCUGCCGGUGAAGUGGAUGGCACCGGAGGCGUUGCUGCACCGCGUCUACACACAGCGGAGCGACGUGUGGUCCUACGGGGUGCUGCUGUGGGAGAUCUUCACCCUGGGGGGCUCUCCGUACCCGGGCGUCCCCGUGGAAAAGCUUUUCAAGCUGCUCGGUGACGGCUACCGCAUGGAGCGGCCUGCCCUCUGCUCCGACGAGCUACACGCGACGAUGAGCGAGUGCUGGGCGACCGUCCCCAGCGACAGACCGACGUUCGCGCGGCUGGCGGACGACUUGGGGCGGAUCCUCGUGGCCAACGGGGGCCGCCCCCAGCCGCCGCCGCCGAAGGAGGAAGGCUCGAGGGUUAGAAGCCCAACCUCGUCGCCGGGCGGUGAUGGCGGCGUGCCCCCGCCCGGGGCAGACGAGGGGGAGCCGUGGCGGGGCGUGGAGUAA